GUCGACACGACUCUUUGCUUUUAGCUUCCUUAUCAUGUUCAUUAAAUGCAAUCAAAGAUGAAGCGGCUCUGAGGUCAACAGCGCUCUGGGUGUGUUUGACGUCUCAACUCGAAUUUUUGGGAACUAUUUCUUCCUUUGCCAGCCGAAAUGGAAGAUUACAGACGGUAUAUUUUUACAUGAACACCUGCGUGAGAAAAGUGUCUCCACCUGGAAUCACAGAGACGUAUCUGAGCCCGAAACCAGCAUUGCUGAGGACAUUUGUGAUGGGCCACAAUCAUCUCCAGCUGCUGUACAUCAGUUUGUUCAUCUCCAUCCUCUUUCUCAUCCUGCUAUGGAUCUACGGGCCUUUCAAGACCAUCCAGUCCUCAACCCAGUACUACCAGGCAACCAGUAAGAUCCCAGUGCAGCUGAAAGUGAUUCCAGCAGGACAAAUAGCUCCUCAGGGACAAAGAUUGUCUCUCGUGGCAGUUACCGGGACCAAGACGGUGCUGGUGGCAGCUUAUCAGGAGCACCGCACAGAGAGAAAGGAGGUUCGUGUCAUUGCCGUGGUGCUGAGGAGCGAGAAGGUUGCCUAUCGCUGCAUCCUCCGUUGUCAGGAGAAACAACACAUCUCCUCUGGUGUCAUCAACAUCCACAGUGAUCACUUUAACUUUGCGUACGGGACAGCGGACAUCAUGUGUCCUCUUCCCUCAGGCUGUGAGACCCCAUCUCAUAUCGCUGUGACCUCUGAUGCAGCUUUCUCUGAAGAUAAACACACCAACCACACGUUUUUAGAGGUGAAGAACCGGAAGGCGCAGAGUGACUCCUUUCCUUACGACUUCACUGUCUGCAUCUCCACCAUGUUUGAUUUCACCAAUGUGCUUCAGCUGGUCCAGAGUUUGGAAAUGCUGAAGUUACUCGGGGUGAACCGAGUGGUCGUCUAUAAGACCAGCAGCAGCCCUGAAACGCAGAGCAUACUGGACUACUACACAAACAAAGGUUUUGUAGAGGUGAUUCCUUGGUCUCUGUCCAAAUUUGUGAAUGUAUCUCGAGGCUGGCUGCCCGAACACGGUCCAGGUGACAUCCACUACCUCGGCCAGAUUCCUGCUCUCAAUGACUGUGUUUACAGAUACAUGUACCAAUCCAGAUACGUGGCCCUGCAUGAUAUGGAUGAGCUGAUACUGCCCCAGUCAGUCAACAGUUGGUCGGAGCUGUUGCCUCUGCUGGAAAAACAAUAUGGCGCUGACCGGUGUUACAUGUUUGAGAAUAACGUGUUCCCCAUCACCGUCACGCAGCGUCCACCCAACUCCCAACCCCUGCCUCCGCAGGGUUGCUGCCCCGGCUGGCACAAUGUGUCCGGGGUCAACAUCCUGGCUCACCUGUACCACGAACCCAUCAUCUCAGAGACCCAUUCCAGCAACUUCAAGAUCAUCGUCAACCCCCGGGCUGUGUUCGUCGCGACCGUCCACGGACUGCAGAGCUCACAGAACGGCUGCUCCUGGGUUGACAGGAAUAUAGCACGGAUGUACCACACAAGAGCUCCGAGGCAAACCAAGCUGACACCAGACCAGCUGAUUUAUGAUGGCCAACUGCUGAGCUACAGCGCCCGCCUCAUACCAAAUGUCAAUACGGUGUUCAAAGAGAGUUUUAAGAAACAAUAAAUACUCUGCUUUGAAAACUGCUUUGCACCUUCAGCAGAGUGAAGCUCAGAAAGCUUUAGUCUUCUUGACACAAGGAAAAGGAAUCAUUCCACAGGGUUUUAGACCUUAAGACCUAAAGAGUUCAAUUUUGGGAUAUAUGUAGGGCUUAAUGCCCGACGAUGAACAUCGGUGGAGGCAACCGGUUCACACCUUGCCGUCGUCCGUUAAUACCUGACAAUUGACACCUCGAAGGGCAUUAACCCCCUUAUACCACGGUCACUUGCCAAAUAUAUAUUAUUUUUAAACAUUACUUCAUAUUUUAAUACGUUUUACAAUCAAAUUCUAAAGUUUUUCCAAACAAUAACUCAGUUUCCCUGGUUCCACCUGAGGGUUUGACUAAUACCUGGAACAAUCAUUCCCAUCCCAUAAGGUUCUUAUGCAAUGCAAGCGCUCCAGGGAAUAGAACGGACCUUAGAUACGACUUGCCUCCCUUAGCACCGGGCGAUAUUUCUAGUCCGUUCAGCUCAUAGAACCCUUCAGCUCAGCUACGAGCCAGAAAAAUAACGCUAUGCUAGCAAGAUCCAUAGUCAAAAACAGAGAGGGGGCAGUGUAACUUAUUUCCUGCAGAACGGUAAACAGUCAGUUUCACCAGAACUCCUUUAGUAGGUGUCCUAUAACACUUUUUUAUGGACGCCCUGAAGCCAAUCAGAAUCGAGUAUUCACCCAGACCAUAAUCAGCAAUAUCAGGCUGAUAUACUUCAAACUGAAAGUGAGCGAGGUUUCAAAUCCUUGUUCAAGAACACUGAAGGAUUGAAAGGAUUAUUUUAGAAAUGUUUCAUGUGAAAAACUGCAUUGCUGUGAAUUUUUCUGCAUCAGGUUAUGGUGCAAACGUUUUUCAUUAUGUUAAGGAAAAUAUUAUGCUCCUUUGAUGUUCAAAACUUUCUGCAGAUUCAAAACGUCAAACACAUUUCGCGAUGUUUUUUAAACAGUUAAUAUUUUUCAUUCAUCAUUAUGAUAAGAUAUGUGGUGGGGGGGGUUCACUGGCCAGUUCUGAUAAUUGGGGGGGUUGUAACCCCCUCGUAAAUGCCUAUGGCCGGAUUACAUCAUAGUCAAAGUCUGUGUUCAAAGUACGCUUCGGUACGGACGGGUCCAACAAACCCAGGAGACAGCUGUGAAACCAAAAGUCAACAUUGACUUAUUUUAACUUAUGCACGUAACUUAAGUUACGCAACAAACAUACAUAUUUUAACAACAGCCCAACGAUAUAUCUGCGGGCCGAUAUUAUCGACCGAUAUUAGGCAUUUUCCAAACUAUUGGUAUCGGCAGUUAUAAUGGCCGAUAAACGAAUAUUUAAAAAAUAAA